AUGCAACUUCCAUUUUCCCUUCGCAUUUCCCCUGCGUCUGCUGUCGGAGCAUUUGUGCUCCUUUUUUCAGCAAUUUCGUCUGUUGUCGCCAAUCCCAUGAUCCAUGAUCUCCACAAGACUAACGUGCGUCUGUCUUCCAUAACCAUAGGACCAAAGGGUGUCGACCAUGGCAAAAACAUUUCAAUUGCCAUUGACCCUAAAAAGGGUGUCUCCAACCAUACUAUCAAGAGCAAGUCUGCCAAUUCUGCCCUUACUUCUGCCUCGGCAUCUCACUUUGUUGUGUCGGUACAGCGUGUGGAUAUGCUUGUUGACGAUGGCUCGAACUCUUCUGACGGGACUUCUCAUACCCCGGGUCUUGUUGGCGCAAAAUACUCGCAGAUUCUUUUGAACUUUGAUGUCAGCCCAGACACAAAAAAGAUCUCUGUCAAUGGUGUUUCUGUCCCUAUGGGAAUUACUGAAAUCAAAGUCACCGCUAAAACCGCCGUUUCUAUCGACAAAAGUGCCGAUCGCAAAGCCGCGCUUAAAGCAUUUGACAAGGGUAUAGUCAAGGUUCAGAUUACUGCUAGUGGUUCCGAUGUUCAUCAUGACGGCAUAAUCAUUCGUCGCAUUUUAAUUUCUGAACGUGUCUUUGAGGUGAAUGGUAAAUUGGUCACACAGGGUAGUCGCAUCCAGCAAGUGAUUGAGAUUUUCCCAGAUGGAACUGUUCAUCACGGCAAACCCCACGAUGAAAAGGACGGAUCUGUUCCACUUACCAUUCCAUCUUCUGAAGUGGAUUCUCACGAAGCUUCUGAAGAGGAGGCUCCAAAACACGUUGACAUUACUGGUGCCGUGCGUACCGAGGACAAGAAACUUCCAGCUGAUGAUCUUGACAUGGGCUGUGGCGACUCUAUGGGUAGCGAUCCCCAGGAAUCCAACACUGCUGCCAAGGCUGUCCAUGCUCCUCACCAUUUCCUCAUCUGGCUCCAUAAACAGCCUGUCUACAUUCAAGUUCUCACAUGCCUGUCUGGAUCUGUGCUUGUCGUGGCUCUUGCUUGCGCUCUCCUCAACGCUGUUACUGCUGUUGUGUCAUUCAUUUCUCUUCGCUGCACUCAUUCCCGUCUGCAAACCGCUGAUGCUUACAAUUCCGAACAGCGCGACUCGGAUGAAUAUGACUCCAAAUACAAGGUUUCCUUUGAAGAUCCCAAGGCUGCUGAGGCCAAAGCAGAGUCUUUCCAGAGUAUUACGGUUGAGCCUCUUCCCGAAUACUGCCCAGAUCCCACAUCUGACACUGAUGUACUUCUUGGAAGUAACCGUACCCAGUAG